AUGAAGACCACCUUCAUUACCCUCCUCCUGGUCUAUCUACCCAUCGUCUCCACCGCCUCUCGCGAACCCCAUCGUUCGCGUCCUAGUUCCCACCAUCACCGUCGCACACGAAACUUUCACGCCGACCCUUACACCCCCUCCACCCCAUCCCUCUACUCCCGCGAUUCCUUCGGCGAUCAACCUCGCCCUCUCCACCGUCGAUCCGAACCAGGGGCAGCGAUCGCUAAAAUCUACACUGCAGUCACGGAUAAAGUGUUCGACUAUGUCAUCGCUGGCGGCGGUACUGCUGGUCUCGCACUUGCUGGACGUCUAUCCGAGGAUCCUGACGUGACAGUUGCUGUGAUUGAAGCUGGCCAUUCAGGCUACAACUCUGAUUCUGAACUACUUGUGCCUAGCAAUGCGUACUUCAAAUCGUCUGUAGGUUCGGAUCUCGACUGGCAGUACGAGACGGCAUUGCAGUCGAAACUUCAGGAUGAGAGUGGAAAUGCACGAACCGCUAGCUGGCCUCGCGGAAAGAAGUCCACCGAUUUCAGUCCCAACCAAAUCAAGGAGCUCGAUUCCAGCAUAAAAAAGCAGACCAAGUAUGUCGGCGACAACGGCCCUGUGGGUGUGACCUACCCAGGCGUUAGUUACCAGCCGGUAGCUGAUUGGGUUCCCACUCUUGCAGCGUUGGGUAUCGACCAUGCAGAGAGCCCUUACAACGGCGACAAUCAAGGUGCUUUUAUCGCAACGUCAACGAUCAACCCUAAGACUUGGGAACGAUCUUUCUCUCGUAACGCUUACAUCGAUCCCAUUGUUAACAAGAGAAAGAAUUUGGUUGUGCUUCCUAACCAGACCGUUACGAGGAUUAUUUGGGAUACGGAGCUGAAUGAGGAUGGGAAGCUCCGCGCACUUGGUGUUGAGUUUGCUGCCAACUCUGCCGCUUCUAGGGUGCACGUCACUGCGAGACGAGAGGUGAUUCUGUCAGCAGGUGCUAUCGGAUCACCCCAGAUCUUGCAGUUGUCGGGUGUCGGAUGCAAAGAGCUUUUGGAGAAGAACAACGUUACCCUGGUCAAAGAGCUUCCUGGAGUCGGUCAGAAUCUGCAAGACCAUCUUGCUGGUUCAGUCACCUAUACCCCCGCCGACGGCCUCGUGCUUCCCUCUGCAACCAACCUCACCCGCAAAGCCUCCUUCUUUGACUCCAGCGUCGCCUACAUCACCCUGGAAAAGAUGUACGGCACCAACGAAACCGCCAACUUCAUCGCCCGCGCUAAAAAGUUGUCCGUCGAUUACAUCAAAAGCGCCACCAACGUCCCAGCUGCUGUCCGUCGUGGUUGGGCUAAACAGUACAAAUACCUACCCGAAGAUCUCCUCGUUCCCACCAGCAAGAAUGGUUUCACUGGUUCUGCAAAAGGAGCGAUGGAGAUGCUUCUCGGAAUCUCCACUGGCUCUUCCAUCACGGUAGAAGCAGCACUUCAAGCUCCAUUCUCCCGUGGAUGGGUCGAAAUCUCCUCCGACAACGCCUUCGAUAAACCUAUUAUCAACCCUAACUAUCUCCAACACCAAUCUGAUGUUGAACUCAUGCGAUCUGGGUUUCAGCUCGCCCGCAAAAUCGGCCAAACCGCACCCCUCUCCAGCCUAGUCAAAGCGGAAGCAGCACCGGGUGCGGAAGUGGAUAGCGACGAAGAGUGGGAUAAGUUCGUAGCCAAGACGGUGCAGACGGAGUACCACCCAAGUAGCACGUGCAGUAUGCUGGAUGAGGGCGAUGGUGGAGUGGUGGAUGAAGAGUUGAGGGUGUAUGGUACGAGUAAUGUGAGGGUGGUGGAUGCUAGUGUGGUGCCGAUUUCGUUGAGUAGUCAUUUGAUGAGUGCGACGUAUGCGAUUGCGGAGACUGCGGCGGAGUUGAUCAAGAGUUGCCCGUACGAAGUUGUGGAUGAGUGUGAUUGGGAUGGUGAGGGAGAGGAUGAGGAGGUUAGUGCUAGUGCGGAUGGAGCUGAGGAGGAGGAUUGCGAGGAUGAGGAGUAG